CAUUGACCUUUAGGAUGGAAUAAAAGUGUAACUAUGGUUGUGAAUUCCGUGCAUUGGUUUCGUAAAGGGCUGCGGCUUCAUGAUAACCCGGCUUUGCAGGAAGCUCUCAAUGGCGCGGAUACUGUACGCUGUGUUUAUAUUUUGGACCCGUGGUUUGCAGGUUCUGCCAUUGUGGGAGUCAACAGAUGGAGAUUUUUACUGGAAUCUUUAGAAGAUUUGGACACAAGUUUGAGGAAACUGAAUUCAAGGCUUUUUGUUGUGCGGGGACAGCCAACAGAUGUCUUUCCAAGAGUCUUUAAGGAGUGGAAUGUCACACGGCUCACGUUUGAAUAUGACUCUGAGCCUUAUGGGAAAGAAAGAGAUGCAGCCAUCAUUAAAAUGGCGCAUGAAUAUGGUGUGGAAACCGUGGUACGAAACAUUCACACGCUCUACAGUCCAGACAGGAUCAUAGAAAUGAACAACCACAGCCCCCCUCUCACUUUCAAGAGGUUUCAAGCCAUUGUGAACAGACUUGAACUUCCCAGGAAACCGCUGCCGACUGUCACUCAAGAGCAGAUGGACAGGUGUCGGACGCAGAUCGCAGACAACCACGACGAGCGCUAUGGCGUGCCCUCUCUCGAGGAGCUGGGUUUUAAGACUCAGCGUGACAGCACACAUGUAUGGAAGGGCGGUGAGACAGAAGCCAUGGACAGAUUAAAUAAACACUUAGACAGAAAGACCUGGGUAGCGAAUUUCGAGAGGCCUAGAAUAACUGCUCAAUCACUGUUCGCCAGCCCAACUGGACUUAGUCCUUACCUACGAUUUGGCUGUCUGUCAUGUCGUGUGUUUUACUACAAUCUGCGGGAACUUUAUAUAAAGCUGCGGAGACACUCUAGUCCACCCCUCUCGCUCUUCGGCCAGCUCCUGUGGCGAGAGUUUUUCUACACAGCGGGCACCAACAACCCCAACUUUGACCGUAUGGAGGGAAACCCCAUCUGCGUACAGAUUCCCUGGGAUCACAACCCCGAGGCACUGGCUAAAUGGGCUGAAGGUCGGACAGGGUUCCCUUGGAUCGAUGCCAUCAUGACCCAGCUAAGACAGGAGGGCUGGAUCCACCACCUGGCCCGGCAUGCUGUAGCCUGUUUCCUCACUCGAGGAGACCUGUGGAUAAGCUGGGAAAGCGGAAUGAAAGUGUUUGAGGAGUUGUUGUUGGAUGCCGAUUGGAGCGUGAACGCGGGCAGCUGGAUGUGGCUCUCCUGCAGUGCGUUCUUUCAGCAAUUCUUUCACUGUUACUGUCCCGUGGGCUUUGGCCGCAGGACGGAUCCCACCGGAGAGUACAUCAGGAGGUACAUCCCGAAGUUGAAAGACUAUCCUAACCGCUACAUCUACGAGCCAUGGAACGCUCCAGAAUCAGUGCAGAAAGCGGCCAACUGCAUUGUGGGUGUGGACUAUCCUAAACCUAUGAUCAAUCAUGCCGAGAGCAGCCGGCUUAACAUCGAACGAAUGAAACAAGUUUACCAGCAGCUGUCACACUACAGAGGCCUUAGUUUGCUCGCCUCAGUCCCUACGAUCCAGGAAGAGGCGGAGCCUCCCAUGUCAGAUGACUCUCAGGCCAGCAGCAGCACUGCCGGUCAAGGCUCCACGCCUCCACCCUCAACCCCACCCAACUCUGAGCCCUCCAGCCCGACAGCAGCUGCCCCCGGCACCCACAUCCAGAGGAAGAGGGGUCUACCCUCUGACCUCACAAGCAAACAGAAGUCAAAAGUCAAGCACGCCAACCAAACCAAAGGAGUCGAGCAGAAGAUUGAUGAAAAGCAGUGACCACAGGUUGAGACUUCAUUUGCAGUCCCAUGUCCAAGGGAGUCGGACUCGGAGGAGUCUACCUUCCCGAACUAUCCAACAGACAGAAACGGCAGGAGAAAAGUGAGAAAUGGUGCCACCUUUCGCAGAAGAACAGAAACGGCACUAAUAAAAAACAA